CGGGCGGGCAGCGGCUCCUGCGAGGGGCGCACGCUGAGGGCAGGGGCCCGGCUUGGGGCUGCCAGAUCUCUGCAGAGGCUCGGGGCGGGCUGGGGGGCCCCCCACUGCAAUCUGCCCGCUCCCUGCCGGGCCCUCCCCCCUGCCUCAAGCACUUUCCACUCGACCUGCGCACCUCCAUGGAUGGCAAAUGCAAGGAGAUCGCUGAGGAACUGUUCAGCCGCUCCCUGGCAGAGAGCGAGCUUCGCAGCGCCCCGUAUGAGUUCCCAGAGGAGAGCCCCAUCGAACAGCUGGAGGAGCGGCGCCAGCGGCUGGAGAGGCAGAUCAGUCAGGACGUCAAGUUGGAACCAGAUAUUCUGCUCAGGGCCAAGCAAGACUUUCUGAAGACAGACAGCGAUUCAGACCUACAGUUGUACAAGGAGCAGAGCGAAGCUCAGGGCGACCGUGGGCCCAGGGAGCGAGAUGGACACCUGGAACGAGAGUUUCAGAGGGUCUCCAUCUCUGGGGAGGAGAAGUGUGGGGUGCCGUUCACCGACCUGCUGGACGCGGCGAAGAGCGUGGUGCGGGCGCUCUUCAUCCGGGAGAAGUACAUGGCGCUGGCCCUGCAGAGUUUCUGCCCCACCACUCGGCGCUUCCUCCAGCAGCUGGCCGAGAAGCCCCUGGAGACCAGGGCCUUCGAGCAGGGCCCGGAGACCCCCGUGGCCGCUGAUGCCCCGGUCCACCCCCCGGUGCUAGAACAGCACCCUUACGACCACUGUGAGCCUGCCGCCAUGCCUGGGGACCUGGGCUUCGGGCUCCGCAUGGUCCGGGGAGUCGUCCACGUCUACCUGAAAAGGGACGCCGAGGAACAGAACUCGGAGCUGGAGCUGCCCUAUCCCGACCUCCAGGAGUUCGUGGCCGACGUCAACGUGCUUAUGGCGCUCAUCAUCAACGGCCCCAUAAAGUCCUUCUGCUACCGGCGGCUGCAGUACCUGAGCUCCAAGUUCCAGAUGCACGUGCUGCUCAACGAGAUGAAGGAGCUGGCCGCGCAGAAGAAGGUGCCCCACCGCGACUUCUACAACAUCAGGAAG